AUGCCCGUUCUAGACUCUCCUCGCCGUCCAAUUCUCUGGAUCUGUCUUUUCCUUCUAUUGUUUCUUGAGCUCCGUUAUCUCGUCGUCGUUACACCGCCGCCGGCGUCAACCCACUCCUCGCCGCCGCCGGCGAAGGUCAAGAACAGAAAGACUCUUGCAAGUGAAUUUGAUUUCUCCCCGUUCAUGAACGCAAACCGGCGAUCAACCGAUCUCAUUUACGGCGACGAUAAGCGGUUGGUGCCGUCUGGUCCCAACCCAUUGCAUCAUUGA